GUCACGUGACAGAGGCUCCAUCGUCGCCAUCUUGAAGCGGCGGCCGCAGGUAUUUUUGUAACCCUCCUAGGUAUUAUGGAAGAAGGAAGCAGCAUUGCAGUAUUGAUGCCAAAUAUUGGGGAGCAGGAGGCUGUGCUGAUUUCUGAAACAGUCAUUGGCCCAACACUGCAGAGCAGCGAAGAGCAGAGAAAAUGUAAAACUGACCCCCUGAUCCACGUGAUCCAGAAGCUGAGCAAAAUAGUUGAAAGUGAGAAGUCACAAAGGUGCCUUUUAAUAGGGAAGAAACGUUCCCAUGCCGACGCCUCUGUGCAGUCCUUGGACACAGCUGAGCUCUGUGAAAUCCCAGCUAAAACCAUCGAGCUCUCUGUGAUUGCUACUAAAAAGACUGAAGAGUUACAAGCAGAUUAUAUUGUGACUGAAUGUCUUCCACCAAGCAAAAAAAAGGUGACGUGCUAUCAGUGUGGUCUCUGUAAUUUUCUGUCACCUUCGCUUUUAACUCUGCAAGAACAUAUAAAACAACAUGGACAGAAAAAUGAAGUGAUAUUAAUGUGCUCAGAAUGUCAUUUUGCCUCCAAAAGCCAAGAAGAACUUGAAUCCCACUUCCAGAAUCACCACGAGAACAGUGGUAAAAACAGCAUCCAGACAAAAGUGCAGCAGUGUGUCAAUGUCACCAGCUCAUUUCUGCAAGGGCCAGUGGAAGGAAAUGUCAAAUCAGGGACUGAUCAGACAGGAAAUGUGGAAUGUAAGGAUGCAGCUCAGUCUGCUCCUGUGCCUGAAAUGGGCAGGAGGAAGUGGUACACCUACGAGCAGUAUGGCAUGUACAGGUGUUUAAUCUGCAGGUACACCUGCGGGCAGCAGAGGAUGUUGAAAACACACGCUUGGAAACACGCGGGGGAGGUUGAUUGCUCCUACCCCAUCUUUGAGGAAGAAAAUGAAAACACCAGCUUGUCAGAGACAGUUGUAACUCAUACACCUCAGAGUGUGGAUACAGUUGUCCUCUCUUUGGAAAACAGUGAACUUGAUAUCCAUAGUGAGCCUUCUCUUCAGCUUCAGAUUUGCAAUUCUGAGCAGCUGUCGUGUAAAUCGCCCAUAGGAACAAAUGUAAAAGAGGAAGAGAUAUUAAGUGAGUCUGUGGUGCAUUCUCCUACUACAGAGGUUGUAGAGGAGACUGUAUCAGAUACAGAACCAGACAAUAUGAUAACUGACAGCCUGCUUUCAUCAGCACAGAAAAUCAUCAGUUGUAGUCCAAAUAAAAAGGGUCACGUUAAUGUCAUAGUAGAGCGUUUGCCAAGUGCUGAAGAAAGUGUUUUACAAAAGCCAUUCUUAAUGAACACUGACAUUGAAACAGAAAAAAAAUUUAUCUCAGAGGAGUCGUCUGUUACCUGUGAAGAACCUGCUGAAGUUUAUCAUUCAGAUGCGAUUCAGGAAGUAAUAAUAGAGUGGAAUAACACUGAGAAGAAAGAUAACGAAUUGAGCGCUAAUAAAAAUGUAACAGCUGACGAAAAUGUGCCUCCUGCACGAAGGAGGACAAAUUCAGAAUCUUUGAGACUGCACUCCUUGGCAGCAGAAGCUCUUGUUACAAUGCCAAUCAGAGCUGCUGAACUGACACGGUCCAGCCUCAGGGCUCUGACUGGAGAAGAUGCUGUGGAUGCAGGUGCAGGCCAGGGAGGAGCUGAUGGCCCAUGCGUGGCUCAUUCCAAAGCGGCGUCCUCACUUAAGGAUCCUUCAGAGGAGUUCAGUGGCUUAAACCAAAGUGAAUGUGCAAUAGUUGAGAUAAAGAAAGACAGAGCAGAGUUGUCAGAAGCACCAAUUAAAAUGGGCAUCAGCAUGUCACUGCUCACCGUCAUUGAAAAGCUGAAGGAGAGGACGGACCAGAACGCCUCCGACGACGACAUCCUGAAGGAGCUGCAGGACAACGCGCAGUGCCAGGGCGGGGGGGCGGCGGCGGGGGCGGGCAGCAGCCUGGUGGAGUUCAUCCCCAGCGCCGAGCGGCCGUACCGCUGCCGCCUGUGCCACUACAGCAGCGGCAACAAGGGCUACAUCAAGCAGCACCUGCGCGUGCACCGCCAGCGCCAGCCCUACCAGUGCCCCAUCUGCGAGCACAUCGCCGGCGACAGCAAGGGCCUGGAGAGCCACAUGAUCAACCACUGCAAGGCCCGCAUGUACCAGUGCAAGCAGUGCGACGAGUCCUUCCACUACAAGAGCCAGCUGCGAAAUCAUGAAAGAGAACAACACAGUCUUCCUGAUCUCUUCUCCACAGCCACAGCUAACAAACUCAUAGUUUCCAAUGAAGCAGAUGAUAGAGAAGGAAGCAAGUGUUCCUCCCAGAAGCUGUUCAGGUGUGACGUGUGUGACUACACGAGCACCACGUACGUGGGAGUGCGCAACCACCGCCGCAUCCACAGCUCGGACAAGCCGUACAGAUGUUCUCUCUGUGGAUAUGUAUGUAGCCAUCCUCCAUCCCUGAAGUCCCACAUGUGGAAACAUGCAAGUGACCAAAAUUACAACUAUGAACAAGUGAACAAAGCUAUUAAUGAUGCAAUUUCACAAAGCAGUAGGUUUCAAGGGCAACUCACUGACAAGACCUUGUUAGAAGGCACAGAUGAAAGUACAGUACCUAUACUAGGAAGUUCAGACAACCUGGUGUCUUUUACAGAGUCCAUUAACCAGACUACAAAUGAAACUUCAGGUUCUGAUGAAAAUGAAAAACCUACCUUGAUGAAUACCUCAUGCAGUUUAGAAAAGAACUCCACUCUACCCCAUCUUGGCACAGAAUACUGUGUUCUUCUCUUCUGCUGCUGCAUUUGUGGUUUUGAGUCUACCAACAAAGAAAAUCUGCUGGAUCAUAUGAAAGAACAUGAGGGUGAAAUCAUAAACAUCAUUCUAAACAAGGACCACAGCACGACUCAGAAUACAAACUAGGUGAAGCAGUAAGUUCAGAGAGGAUUUCCUAGAGUGAAUAUUUUCUUUUUUUGCUAAUUUUUGCCUGAGAAACUUGCUAAAGAGAAGAAUUGCAAGCAAAACUUGAUUUCCCAUCCUGAGUUCUUGUUUCAGUAGGAGUACAGUGUUUGAACCAGGGACUGAUGAAUCAUUUAGGAGAUAAAUACAAGGUGUGGAGAAUAGAAGGAUCCAUUUUAACCUGUUACUUCUUUUUAUGGUGCCAAGAAUGUAGGAUUGUUGGUUUGUUUCAUUUCCUGUCAGGUACUAGUCAGUAAUAAUGCAUUAGCACAGUACUUUAAAACCCAAAGGUGUGAAAGCUUUGAAUCCCUUGAAAAGCUUUUUUCUUCCUCCCUCUUUGUUGUUUUCCAUGUAAUUCAGCAAAGAAGGUUUUUACCCUCUUUUUUGAAAGCUGAUCUGGCAGCAGAUCAGAUAGAACUGUUACAGAGUGAUCUGGUAAACCCCCCUGCCUGGGAGGUGGGGAGAGGGGAGGUGGCCAGGGCAUGUGUGUGUUGUGUUCACACACAGGAGUUCCAUUUUCCCCAGUCUAUUUUUAAGGCUUUACAAACUCCCAAGUCAUUUUCCAACAAAGACUGCCAUCCUUUCCAUUGAUUUACAGCAGCAGGAGGUGAAGGGCCUAGAAACAUUCUGUUAAUAACUAUUUGUUUGAUUUGAUCCUAAGUACAAAACUCCUAUCUUUUCAACUCAUGGUAUGUAACAGAUUAUUUUUAUAACAAUAACCUGUUGUUUUUUCUUGACACCAUGAAGCUUAUAAAAAAAGAAAAGCUUAUAAUGUCACUUUCCAUUUUUGGUGAUUGUUUUGCAGUAUGGAUGAGCAAUGUUUUUGAUGAGAACAUGAUAUUAACAAUAAUUGCCACAAAGUGAUGUAGAUGAAAUCUAUGUAGAUUCCAAAAGAUGUAGGUGAGCACAAAUUGGGAUUUUCAGAAACGCCCACGUGCUUUGGCAUUCUUUGAAAUGCCACUGGCUGGCCAAAUUUCCCACUUGUCUGUCAGAGCUGCAACUGUGGAAAUAAUGAGCUGAACGAUAAUCUUCCUGUAGAAAAUCAUAUUUAAAAAAAGAAAUGGCAAACAAUUUCUUAAGCCAAAACUGUAUCCAGUCGCUUACUGAAUAAAUUUUACUAGUGCCUAUAGUAUGGAUUGAUAAAGGGAAUUAGGGAUUACUUUGUUGUCUAAAAAACAUAGAAAUCUCACCCUUUCAAAACCUUCAGCUUCUAAAAUUAGUGUGGAGUUUUUUUGGUUUGUUAUUUUUAAAGUUCCAGCAGUUGGCAGUAGAAGAUACUCAUCUGUACAUCAAUGUGGAAUAAUACACUGGCUAGUUUCCUGGCAACUUGGUUGAGGUUAUUGAUUAAUCUGGCUACUUAAUUUCUUUGAAAGAUUCAUUAAGUGUAGUAUCACUUCCAAAGAAGCCCUUUGGCAGCCAGAUUUACACUUCCUAGUUCAGGCAUGUAUUCCUGCUUCUAAUGAAUGGCAGAUGCACAGCAGCUUGCCUGGUGCUGACAUGGGCAUGCAGUGACCUGAUCUUUGGUAGCUCAGUAUUUAUAAAGUUCCUUACUCUUUGGAAAACAGUGGUUUCUUCCUUUAUUUACACCCUUCAAGCAGCAGCAAUCAGCUGUAGAUGUGAGAGGCUGGCACAUGGAGAGUCUGUAUUGUGCUAGCACUGCCUGGAAGUGGCAACCAGGAAAAUAAAACAGUAGCAGAAGUCACAGCUUCAUGAAGCAGCACAAAAUGCAGAGGCCAGGGUAAAAGCACUAAGACUUCAAGUGUAUUUGAUACUUGUUUUCAAGAAAUUUCCUCAAUUUGAUUUCUUCUUUUAGGUUAAAUAGGUAUUAUUUUGUUUAUGAAUUAGAUAGCAGAACAUACACAUUUUACUUGAAGAAUUAGUCUGGAUAUAAGGUCAAAGCAUUUUUGUGUUGAAUUUUUGAGAUACUUUAAAUAAUAUUUGAAGUUAAUUAUACAUUAUUUUCAGUUAAUAGUUAUUUUUCAUAUUCCUACAGUUGCAUUUUACGUUUGAAAAACACAUUAUUUAUUUACAUGAUCCCAAAUUCCAGAGGAGAUAAUGAACUUUAAAUGGGGUAUUCAUAUUGUCUUACUGACACUGCUAUUAUACCUUGAGAAUAGAAUUAAUGUGAAAAUACUACAUCAUCUGGAUUAUAUCUCAGCUUUCUCACUCAGAAGUCCCAUUUGUUUGAAAAAUUAAAUGACGGUGAGAUCCCUACUAAUGCUGAACUACCAGUCAGUAUUCACAGAAACAAUAUUUACCACACUGUUACUUUUGUGUAAUUCUGUUAAAGUUGCUCAGCUAGUGAAAGAUAAAAAAGGAAAAACUUGCAUUCAUAAGCUAAAAAGGAGAGGGCAAUGAAGCAAAAUUUCAGGAGGCAAUAACCUGGAAUGCAGAAGAGCAGCCCUGGUGUGUGGAAGGCACACGAGCAGCGUUGUGUGCAGGCCCCAGGAGUCAGUGUCACACAUCCUCAGCAGGAUGUGCCUGCUCACAGUUGUUCUUUGCCAUCUCAUUGCUCUGCUCUGUUUGACCAUGUGUUCCUGUAAAGCAGAAAGCUACUUGCCUCUAUAAACCAUUAUCAGUCCUGACAAAUGCCAACAAAGAAUUCUUUCCCAUAUGCACAGAGAUUUACUUUUUUUAGCUGUCUCCAUGCUGCUUGCAAUUAGUUACCCACUCACAAUUCAGGGACUUUGUCAGAAGUCCUGCAUGUGAAAUAAUUAUAGGCUUGGUUUUUCUGAAAGCAAAUUGUUUCUCAGGUUAUCUGCUUUCAAGUGUAUGGCUGGCCUGGUUGCAUGUUUUGUAAGGGGUUUUAAGCACAUUUCAGAGUCACUGACACUGCAAAUUUCCCCUUUCUUUAAGCUUUUAAACUAUUUUUGUCUCUUCAGAGACAAAAUCAGCUAUUCACGUGCUGUUUGUUCAAAUUAGAUUUUAUUCUGUGAUACAAACUGUACCUUGCAGCUUUGUUUGCAAUGCCUGUACUUCCACUAAAGAGCAAACUUCAUUCACACUUGGCUGUACUGAAAAAUGGGUGCAUAUUUCAUCAUCCUGAUUUAUGCUUGACCUGGAAGAAUAGAGUGGGAUUCAGUCAGAGUUCUUGUAUUUUCCUCUUUCAUAAGCACUUAUUUAAUCAUUUGAAGAAAUGUACAGUUGGUGCUCAAAGUAACAUUUGUUAAGAUAUAUUUAAUAGAAAUUUACAUUUGCAUUUGAUAUUCAUGGACAUGGGUACAUGUAUUUUUUUAAGAAAAGGUAUUGUAACACUAUGGCACUGCUUUUAUAGCCAAAGUAUAAAAAAAUUUAGAAAACUGACAUGUAAAGACUGCAGUUAAUUCUGAUACUGUAUCUUAUUACAUAGGAUGAGUUUUGUUUUAUAAAGUUAUCCAGCACAUUAAGCUGCAUGCCUUAAGCUCUCUCUAGGAUUGUGUUCCUGAUAGGCAACUCUUUGGAAGGAUGAAGCAAAGUCUGUAGUACCACUUUAACUACCUUCUGGAAUACUGUACAAUGGUAGAAUAAUUUAUUUUGCUUUACAGGAGUUUGUCACGUAUUGACUUUAAUAUUGUAUUUUGGUAAUAAACUUUUUUUGUUAAA